CAGUGUGUACCAGCACUUCUUUCUUUUUACCGGGAACUCGAGUUUACUGCGUAGAAUGCCCGUCAUCAGCAUACCGAUAAUAUCGGUUACGGCGAUAUCGGUUUGCUGCUGAUAUUUACGCAUUUGCACAUGCAGAACUACCUCCGGCCGAUAUCUCAGACUUGUCAGCGUUUCAACGAAAUAGGAAACACUGCAUUAGAAUUAAUAGCCUAAUUAAUUAAUUAAGGUUCGAAAUUUUAGACCAGUCUUAAUCAGUCCAGCAAGCCAACCAGGAUUUUAAACUACUGGAAUUUGUAUAGGUAAUUACUUUUAAUGAGAACAUAACGGCAUCAUACAGUCACAGAUCUCGAACUUCUCGAUGCUAGUGAGCAUUAGAGUGUGCAUCAUCAUAACGUAUGGCAGUCGUCGCCUGUAUAGUUGCAAUUUACGUUUACUUGCAUUAAUCGCUCAGGUCUUCGUCUUCCAGGAAAUUCUAGAUGAACCAAAUUAUUGACGCAAAAGCGGUAGAUUGAGGAAACUUUUUUUUGUGAGUCCACACCCAAUCCACUCGCUGUUUAGCUAACCUCAGAUCUCUUUGCUAGAGUCCAUAUAGGAGCCACGUUGUAAAUACUUCUCCAAACUAGGCUGGCUAAGUAGUAGUUCUGUUGAAUUAAUUAUAGGGAUAUUCCUGGGAUUGAUCUAGAAACAGUCCAUUUGUCUGAUACUACAUAACAACUGCAUGCAUGCACCUAUAUAUUCGCAUGUGCUCUAUUUUUGUUGGCACUCUUCGUUGCACGAUAAUUUCUCCACACGACAGCGAUUCUACUGUAGGAUGGUUGGCACUGCAAAGUUUCAGGUGACUCUGGUUGCAAUCACUGGCUUUCUGACUGCGUUUUCACUAGAAACAGAAAGUUUGUGUGAUUUGAAGACAUGCUGCUGCGUCGAUUUUGUUACUGCGACGCAGUUGGGAAACACGGUCACUCUCCAUGUUAGUAAUCAAUCAGGUUCGAGAUGCAGCCAAAACAUGACGACAAUUGUGUGCCACGUUCGUGGCAACAACAGUACCGUGUGUGCAAACGACUUCUCCGAUCCGAGCUUUGGCGUCGUCAAAAGCGGCAAAUACAUGUACAUCCUCACGGAUUUUGACAACGACAGAUGCAACUCACGAUUAUAUUGUCGGUCGGGAUUAUGUGCUAGCGGUUUGAACUGGUCAGGAAGGUACGUGCACAGAAAAUUACUCACCCAAUCUGGCUCAUGGCAUCCCGUCUGCGAUCCGACUCGGUGCUGUUGUGCGUCGUCAGCCAGUGUAUUUAGCAACGGUUCCGCUCUUAGGGCAACGUACAAGCCGGCUGUCAGCGGAUGUUCGAACAGAGCGGUUGAUAUUGGCGUCGACUGCAAAGUACUUGGCGAUCUGUACAUGUCGUGCGCCAACUACGUGCUCGGAUACGGUGUCCUUCUUAGGAAAAUGGAAGGCAGACCAUUCCACUACGUGUACCAUUAUCAUAACGUUUGCAAUUCAGUGCUCGAAUGCACAAGCGGUGAAUGCAUCCGCACUGGAAUCUUUAUCGGACAGUACCGAGCUGUCGAACUUGGCAACGGUAGCAGCAGUGGAGCUGCCUCUAGAGAUGUCACUGCAGCCGGACUCUACUUAGUUAUUAGUUGUGUGGUUUUUAGAGUGACUGCGUAAUUUCGACUGUCAUUUUGCAGAACGGUCUCCUAUUGACAAUAUAGAAUAGUGAUCUUCUUGUUCCUAUAAUAUUUGCUGUAAUACCACAAUACUAUGACGAUGAACACACUCUAUGCACACGCCAUGGAUACCAUUAUGCGGUUUUCGUUUAUUUUGAAGGUAUAAAAAGCCAACUCUAAUGAAAAA